AUGAAGGCCGUCAUUGCUUCCAUCGCUCUUCCUCUCCUGGCUGCGGCAGCGCCAGCUCCUGUUGCUACAGCCGCAGCCAACCCCCCAGCUUUCGGCGUUAUGGCCGUCCGCUCUGCCUCGCCAAUCCACUACAUGCAGAUGAACGCUGCAGGCCGGAAAUUCUACCUCGGCGGCACUACCGCCUCCUACUGCCCGAGUAUUGACGGCAUCGUGUGCCCUCCGGGUAACCAGACCGUUUUCGCUGCAGGUGGUAACGCCAUGGAUGUCGAGGUCCCUGGUGGUCAGCAGGUCUAUGUUGAUCCCACUGGUGCUCUGAGCUUUACUCAGGCCCACUCUGCUUCUAUUCCCGCGGAUUCUGCUGUCGGUGGUCUGAUUUACGAGACUGGCCAGCCCUGGUCUCACUACACCGUGAACAGCUGGGGUGCUCAGGGCUUCAUGGCUUGCCCGACUACCGAUAACCGUUGGCAGGUAUUCGCUGCUUUGCAGAACGCUACUGUGCCCUCCGGCGACGUGGCUGACUGUCUGGGCUUCUCUGCCAUCGCUUUGACCUACAGCGGUGAUAUCCCUGCUUGGCAGUACAUUUAA